AUGGGUGGAACAUCGGUGUCGAAACUGUGGAUCUUUCGUCAUCUGAAGGAAGAUCUCGUAGCGCUACAGAGGGAAAUCGAUUCAGCCAAGAUAAAUCUGAGUUUAUUGCUUCAAUCAGUUCAAGUCAGACAUCUGUGUCUCCAAAGCCCCUCUUCGGAAGGCACAGAAAGCCCCUCUUCGGAAUCCUCCACUCAGACAGCCGCUCUCGGAUCGACCAAUGAGUCUUUAGGGCUGGGACCAGAGCUAACAGAAUCUGCCGCUCCGUUGUCGAACCAGGCCAUUGACGUCGCGAACACACAUCAAGCAAUCAAGCGCCAGAAAUUGAAAUACCGCCAAGACUGCUUAUCAAGAUCUUGUUGCUGUCAAUGCCAUCACUCAGAGAAGGCCUCCGGGCGCUUUUGGGCACUCGACUACAGCCUCAUGGGGAUCUUUCAGACAUGCAACGUGGAAGAAUGUAAUGCAGCGAAGUACGGUGUGAACAUUCGAUUGGCUCUGACGCAGCUUGGCAUCCAUCGAUCUGUUGUGAUAAAGGUCCACUUUCUCAGCGGAUUGGGGUCCUUUUCACCGUCGUUCAGUCUCCAGACUGACUGCACCGUCCCCUACACGUCUCCAGGAUUUGAGGUCAUUUGGAGGUGCCAGAACGGGGCGAUCAAAUACGAAGAUGCUCGGAGUCGUCUGAUACAUCUCUAUCAAAAUGACCCAAGCUUUCGGUACCACGUGAAUCCGGCUGGAAAGUCCUACAUCGAAGAGCUUGUACGUUGUCCAUGGGGCGGGUUCGCCACCCGGAGACAGCUUGGACUUUUGCAACUGCUCAUGGGCGAUUUGGGCAUGGUACAAGGCAGCAUGCAUCCCGGAUUCCUCACAAGAUGCGCGAAAUGGAUUGGGGAAGGACCGCACCUCUACCUCCUCGAGACGCUGAUCGACCUUGAUUUCGACGCUGGAGAGGUGGAAGCUCAGGCAUGGCCAGAACCUUGCUCGUCAAAUUGGAUAUCCGAGGAAUCCACGCCUGAUCCUUUCUUUGUCGAGUACAUAAGCCUUCUCUCCAAGGAUAACCAGGGUUUCGCUGGCAUGACACCCCUUCAUGAGGCCGUCUUGUUUGGAUCACCAGAUUCGGUCAAGAAAUGGAUUGAGUGCUCCAAACCAGAUCAGAAGAACUUCCUUGGCCAAACCCCACUUCACCUCGCAGUCUACAAUCCCGAGAACCUGACGGCCCUGAUAGAAUCGGGACACGAUGUGAACGCCCUCGACAACUAUGGCAUAACGCCACUGAUGUACGCAGCAGCGGCUGACAAAGAAGAUGCUCUCUAUAUUCUCAUCAACUCCCAUGCCGAUCUAGAUAUCGUAGACAGACGAGAAAAUCGCACGUUCUUUGACUAUGCUAUGGCAAGACGCAACUGGGCUCUGAUCUACAAUCUUCUUUUGGUCGUUAAACAAUCCACCACGAAAGAAGUCGCAGAGUCCUGGGUUCGAGCAGCAACAAUCAAUGCUCAGUUGUCAUUUCCGAAACUUCUUUAUAACAGUCCGAUCUCUCUUGGUCACUUGCUAGCUCUGUGUGAAGACGUCAACUUCACGUAUGACGGGGUAAACGUCAAGAACAACUGCCUUGCCCACGACAUCAUCACCUCGUCCGAGUUGGAAGCCUUGGUCAACAAUGGGUUCACCAUGAUCAACCACAUCAACAGCCUCGGCCAACACGCUCUCAUCAACGCCGUGAAGCUGAAAGACGUCGCCUUGACUUCUAGACUCUUAGAGCUCGGAGCUAGUGUCAACCUCGAAGACAAUCAGCAUCGCACAGCAAUUGGGCACGCGCUGAGGGGCCUGCAAAUUAGCGACUUCAAUCAAACACGGUUAACAAUGAACGUUGUGAGGAUCUUGCUUACUGCCGAUGCGAAUGUUCUCGUCAGAGAUCGUUGCAGAUGCCCGUGCUCACCGACAGGCUGUCUCACUGCCGCACCGAAGGAGGGUCGUAGGGACCGUUUUGGACGUGGCUUCCAAUGUUCCAUAUGGUCAUUGGAGUGGCUCAUUCUUAUCCAACAAUAUCGAGGCGUCGAAGUUGCGAGAGAGGUUGUUUUGUCCUUCAUCCGAGAAGAGACACACAAAGAUCUGGACAUGACCCAUGUCUGUUGCGAGCUUGAACUCGACGAAUCCCCCCUUCGAUUCAUCUUCAAGUCAAAGAGGUCCGAAGAUGACAUUGUAGAAAUCAUGGACGAGGAGCAGGAAUUCACGGACAUUCUGAACAGUGACAUCGACCACAGAGACGAGGAGGAAUACGAAGCUCUCCUUAACUAUUGGUUCACCCUACUUCGAGACUCGAUUCGAAAAGCCAGCCUGAAGGCCGCAAAAACAAAACCGCACAAACGCCCAAGACAAAAAAUGCACGAAAUUGACUACAAGAACGAUUGUUUCAUUUUCAAUAUAUCUACUGAUACAGACUGGGCCCAAAAUCCAGAGCCGACCGUCAAGAGCUCGGUCUGCAGUUACGUCUUGUGGAUGGAGCACGAGUAUCACCACGGGCAAACGUCCCAGCUCGAGACAUUCGCUCGAGAAGCCUGGUAUUCGAAACGUGUUUCAUUGCUUUGCACACUGCUCGACAUCAUUGAAAUUCGCACAGGCUUUCUUACUGAUUGGGUGGGAAGAAUGCAACCAUUGUGGAUAGAUGGUCGCGAAGAUCCCAUCGAUCCCGAGCCAUACAUCAAACACUUCUUGGCCUCUGCUAACACUCGAUGA